CAAAAUAUUACUAAAUGGAUGCCUUUAGAGUUGAUGAAUUAUAACGAUUUGUUUGCGAGCUGUAAAGAUUUACAAACGACAGGAUUAAACCUCCUUCACAGAGUGUGUAAAGUUUUGACGAAGCUGAAAAGUAGGCAUAUAUAUAUAGUGUUGAAGGAGUUUGAGUUGGAGAUACAGGUACUUAUAGUCACUACUAGUGACUCACUAGAUAAAAAAAUAGUUAAUUAAGGGAAUAUUUUUUUAGGAUAUUGAGGAUAUAAGUACUACAAUGGGGUUUACAGUAAAACAAUUUAAUAAUAUACUUCCUAAAUUGACUGUUGAUAUGCCUAUUGUUUCAAAUAAAAUGAAAUUGUGGAUGGAUAUGUUGACUAAAGUUAAAUUAAAGAUAACUUUUUUUAUACAAGAAUUAUUACUUGAGAUUGCUUCAUUUUAUAUUUACUAUGGGGAAAAUGUUUUAGUAUUGACUUUAAAAAUUUCAACUUCCUAUAACGCUUUACUACAAAUGGACAGCAGAUUUAAUUUAACAAAAAAUACGAGUGUUUGCAAUAAUACUUGUCCUUAUUUAAUGUUUCCCAUUAGAAAAAUUUCUGUGACAAGAUUGUUGCAAAUCAUUGCUCAAAGUAGAGCAGAACUUUGUUGCCAUAAAUUAAUCGAUUGUUUGUUGGAAACUUACAAGAUGUUCGAUACUCACGAGGAUGAAGCUAAUUCAGAGAAUUCCAGCUUAGAGAUUUAUUUAGCUUUGACAAAACAUAUGUCCCCUCCCAUCGAAAUCGAGAAAAAAGACCCAAAAAAAGACAAAAUCACAAACCUCGACGAAACCCAAAGUUUCCAAAAUCUAGAAGAACUAAUCACAUACGAGGAAAAAAACGUAAUUGACCUACUCGAAACCACCCUAAAGGUGGCGCCACUGAUGUUGGGUCACGACGGCGUGAAAAAAUCGAGGAACAAGGAAAACCUGAAAAUCAACGAAAAAGCCAGAGAUAAGGUUUUGGAUUAUUACGAGGAAAUUUUGUGGGGCGAAGUUGGUAACUAUUUGGAACAUGUUAUUUUGUGGUGGACAUACUGCCCCAUGUCCACUAGACCUCCGCAUUCCAGCCAGCACUUGAGGGAGUGGAUCAACCAAUUUUUACCAACGGCCGACAUCCCAGGAGUUCUCUUAUCAGCUCUAUCCACUUUGGCAGACGCUCUUGGUGUCCAUGUAACAUCCACAUCCUGGGACCAACAAUUUCGCUUAGCGUUAGUAGCGUCCAAGUCCACAAAUAACUCAGAAACUGGCAAAUUAUUUCUAAAUGUUCUCCAAGAUCUAGUUAUGCUGUGCAAUCAAUGCGAGAGCACUCCUGAUUGGAUAAUUGGAGCGCCAUUAGACGAACUACCAUUGGUUGAGCAGAUUCCGGUGCUACACAGAUUAGAUCAUUCCAUUCAUACCACUAGACUCUGGGCUGCAAACGAAACGAAAAAGUUGGCGAACACUUGGAAUGUCGACUCGUUUUUUGGCAUAACCCACGGUGAUAUUGUGAAUUGUUUGUCUCAGUUAAACGGGUUAAGGAUGACUGACCACUCAAUUCAAAUUGAAAAAGGGGGGUUGGGAGUACAUGUCGAAGUUUGUACCUUGAUGAGAGCCAAGUUGGUCUCUGAAGUUGUAGUGAAUGGGCAAAAAUUGAAGGAUACCCCCAGUGAAUGUAUAGAAGUAUUAGCAAGCGUUUGUAGAACAAUAUGCUUGGCAAACCUCCAAAUGAUUUUUCCAAAAAAUCCAUAUUGGAAAAAAAUAGAGGACAUAGCACCAGACAAACCUAGCGAUUACGUAGAAAAAUAUCUAGAACGCAUUCUAACGCCCGUUAUAGCCGCUACAGAUGACUACGCCAUAAACGACAUGAUACUAAAACUAAUAUGCGAAUCAUGGCUGGACCACAUCUACAUUAACAAAAUCAAGUUCUCGCAUUACGGUGCCUGUCAAUUGUUGUGCGAUUUUGCCCAUGUUGCCACGUGGUUAAUAAACUCCACCAUAGUAACACAAUCGGUGAGGAAAAAGUUGGUUAAGAACGAAAUUUUAAGACGAUGCGAAGGUGUUGGUAAGUUGCUGUUACGAUGUCCCGGUGAUCAUUUGAAGAUGGCGGAUAAGAAUAAAAAACCGCCGAAAGGCGAGGAAAAUGAGAGUGAGGUAGGGGCGGAAUUGAUGCCUGCUGAGAUGUACGUUCCGAAUCAGGAGCAGUGGUUGGAGUUAAGGGCGGUGAAGAGGAAGGUUUUGUUCCCUACAACGCUGUGUUGUGGAAAUAAUAUGUAUUAAAAGGAACAUUACUUAAGUAGUUGCAGAUGUUAAAGGUUCUUAUUAUAUAUGAAA